CUAGUCCCCACCCUCACCCGGCCAGGCCCGCACCUGCGCAGCUGCUGGAUCUUGUCCCGGUAGCGGUCGUAGAAGGGGUUAGCUUCCAGCUCGCUGACCCCGCUGCCGUCUGCUCCCCCGGAGGGCAGGCCCGAGCCCCGGCGCACCGGGAACACGCGCAGCUGUGCCGGUGAUACGAACCCCAGCCCCAAGGCGCGGCUGCGCACUGCACACAGACCUCGGUAGAGGCCGGCCACCUGCAAGACUGCAGGGCACGCUCUACCCGCGGCGGGCACUACAGCCGCCAUGGCCGCCUGUGACUCCCCCUCCUCCUCCUCCUCGGGCGCGUCAGCCUCGGCCCCCGGCCCGCGCUCCUGCUCCAUCGUCCUCAAGGUCCGCGAGGCCCGCGUUCCGCCACCGAGGUUCCGCGCGCUCAAGGUUCCGGGUGUUGGAGUGGAGAAGGGACAGCGAUGCUUAGGGCUGGCUGCUCUCGGUUCUGCCCACCCGCUCCGUGGGUGUUGUGGCGCGUCUCCUCCCGGGAGUCUGCCGGGAUUCACCCCACCCCCUACCCCCGACCAGCAGCCUCUGCGCGCCAGGCUUCUUCUGGAAAGCUGGCUUGCAUCUUCGGGUUCUCACCGGGCUUGCCCCUUUUCUAAAUUUACUUGGCACCAGCUGUAACGGUUUCUUUAGCUGCAAAGGAUGUUUGAACAUCAUAGCUGAAGCUUCUCUUUAUCGGUUUCUAUUUGCAGAAGGUUCCAUUGGCCUCAUGCCCUAUGAAGUCGAUAUUAACCUCAUUUUAUAGAUGGAGAGGCUAAACAGGCUGCGAACCAUUAAAGUAGAUCGUUCUGACUGCUGGAACUUGGAGUAUGUGGAGCAAAUAUGGAAACCUCCAAGGUGUGGAUCUCCUUGUGCAUUGGAUUCCUGGGGCUGUGUUCUGUGCUAAUAGGAAGCUGCAUACUCUUUCUGCACUGGAAGAAGAACUUGCAAAGAGAAGAACGUGCCCAGCAGUGGGUGGAAGUGAUGAGAGCUGCCACAUUCCCCUACAGCCCACUGUUGUACUGGGUAAACAAGCGGCGUUACCAUGGCAUGAAUGCAACCAUUAACACGGGUCCUCCCCCUGCUGUCACCAAGACUGAGUCGGAAGUUCAGAAUCCAGAUUCUUUGUGGGAGUCAGAUCUCUCUGAAGACAGGAACUACAUCGUGCAAGACAGCAGCCCCAGAGGUGAAGCCUCUGAUCUCUUGGAACAUGUUUUGGGUAUUCCAAAGCAGCCCCAGUCUUCAGCAAUGACACAGCCUCGGACUGCCUCCCCAUUCCCACCUCCCAUCUUUCAGGAGGUGCCUUUUGCCCUAUCCCUCUGCCAUCUGCCUCCCAUGUUGAACCACUCAGUCUCCUACCCUUUGACUAACAGCCCUGAAAGGAAGGUUAAUUUCUGUUCCCUCCCAACGUUGGCUCGAGGAACAAACUGCUUUAAUGCCAAGCCUUUUGCUUCAGAGCUGUAGUUUCCUCUAUUUGAGGGUGGGAGCUGCAAGUACCAAAGGCUCCCUUUGGUAGAAAACAGAGAUAACCUCGAGGAGUUGGUACUAACAAGGAAGUCAGAGCCACCUGGUGAGAGGUUUAAAGCCACAGACUUAAAAAAAAAAAAAUAAAGUCCAAGUUUCUCCUCUGUCUCA